CUGCCUUCGUUGUAAAGAGGCGCCGGCUCCCAUUGAAGGGGACACGGUUUAAAGAGCCUUUCUUCUUGUUUACGUUCGCAUACCGGUUUCGUAGGUACAUAUAAACUGCAAACGAAAAGGCUUAAGGUGACAUUCUACAGAAAGCCGCAGUAUAACGGUUGGAGGCGAGCUGGCGCAGGUGGUGGGUUUUGCGUGGACAAUGCGGGACAGUGGUGGCAGCCUUGCACAAAACUGUUGGCAGAAUGAGCUGAACUUAGCAGGGGCACAAGAGGGCAGUGGGGUUACAGGCAUCAGAGGAGCCCACCUUCUGGGCCCCACUUCCAGCCUUUCGCACCUGAAAAUAGGCCGGCAAGAAGUGAAUGAGAAGGUAUGGGCAGUAGGAUAUUUAGAGAAAGAGGCAGAGGUGAAUGAGGAGGAAUAUGAAGGAUUCAGCUGGGAGGAGUGUGGUGUGAAGGAGUGGAAGGCAGCCUCAUCUCCACAGCACUCACAGCAGCGGGCUGGGUAUGAAGCCAGGGAUUUGCCCAACAGCCCGGCCUGGACAGGGCACAACCGACUCAAGGCACGGAGGCUGAGGCUCCGUGGGUGCCCAGGCUUCCACUCUAGCCUUACUCUACGGUGGAAGUCGUGGCGCCGACGUGCCCGGAGGUAUCGGAAUCUUGGGCACAGACAGGCAAGGAGGUGUCGAGAAGGCAGCCUUUCACAGCUAGCAGGGCCCCUGCUGAAUGGAGACCCUGGUAACUUUGGCAAGCUCACGGGGUCGGGUGCUGAGUCACGGUGCUUUGGAUUGAAUGGUUUCAUAGAGGAGAUUCAGACUAAUAAGGGGGAAGGACAUGAUUCCCCUGCCGAGUCACACAUCGACACAUCGAGUCCCCAGCAGGAUAAGGAUACACCUCCUAAUGUGCUCACAGAAGAACACAUGACAUGUGUCCAAGGGAUCCUGGAUGAGUUCCUGCAAAGGUAUGGCAGCUUGAUUCCUAUCCACGUUGAUGAGGUGGUGGAGAAGCUGCAGGAUAUCUUCAGUGAGAGUUUCUCCCAGCCGCACAGGAAGAUGGUGGUGCAGCAUCUAAUUCAGUCUUACCAGCGGCUCUCCGGCACUGCUGUGGUGCGAGGGUUUCGGGUGAACUACAAGCGCCACGUUCUUACAAUGGAUGACCUCAGUACGUUGUAUGGGCAGAACUGGCUCAAUGACCAGGUUAUGAACAUGUAUGGUGACCUGGUGAUGGACACUGUCCCAGAAAAGGUUCAUUUCUUCAACAGUUUCUUUUAUGACAAGUUGAGGACAAAAGGAUAUGAAGGAGUCAAACGGUGGACAAAAAAUGUUGACAUCUUCCGGAAGGAACUCCUGCUGAUGCCCAUUCACCUCGAGGUUCACUGGUCACUGGUGUGCGUGGAUGUUCCACGUCGCGUCAUCACCUACUUUGACUCCCAGCGCACCCUAAACCGCCGAUGUCCCAAGCACAUUGCAAAGUACCUGCAGGCAGAGGCUAUCAAGAAGGAACAGAGAGAUUUCCUCACUGGAUGGAAAGGUGUUUUCAAAAUGAAUGUUGCCAGGCAGAACAAUGAUAGUGACUGUGGGGCAUUUGUACUUCAGUACUGCAAGUGCCUGGCCCUGGGACAGCCCUUUAACUUCGGCCAGCAAGACAUGCCCCGGCUCCGGAGGCUCAUGUACAAAGAACUGUGUGACUGCAAACUUUCUCUCUGAGGCCUGAAUGCACACAGCAUGAGAAUGAGCUAGAGAACCAGGAGUCGACCAUAUGGACCGCUCAGCCAUUUUCACUGACAGCCAAGAGACUUUUACAAUAAGGACAUCUUUUCCCCCUUUCCAGUUGUCUCUAAAACCCCUUUUCCUCCCUGGUUUUGUAACUUUAUCUUCUGUAUCUUGUGGUUGACUGAGGUCAACUGUGCUCUUGCCCAGAGUUACCAAUGAACACAAUGAGGAACUCUAAAAUAUCACUGCUGGCCAUGGCCAAACAAAUAAAUGCGUUCUUGUCAUCUUGAUGCCAGCAACUGAUAAGCUAUUUCACAAAGGAGGGAGGAGAUGAAGCAGUCGGUUUUAUUUCAUUUCAUAAAAAAUACACAUAUAUACAGUGUAUAUAUACAUAUACAAAACUGUUUGAAAAGUCUGAUUCUGUGGACCCAAACAGCUGUAUUCUGUUUCUCUGUAUGGUGUUUUUUGACUAUGGCUACAGUCCACUUAAGUUAAACAUUGUUAGUUAAGAGAAGACUGAAAAUGAGACAUGCAGCUGUUUUAUAACUUUUAAAAUGCAUACAUUGUGGUACAAGUUACAAAUAAAAGGAAGCAUAUGA